AGCCACCAGAUACUUACUUACCAAAGUGCGCAUUAGCCGUCGACCUUUGUGCAAGGUCUAUCGAUCUCGAUCAGUCGAUCACAAAGUCCCUUUUCGCGUUUUUCAUAUCACGCUCUGACCGACGCUAUAACACCCGAGUCUGCAACAACUGAACACAUCAUUCACAACCUCCAUCGCGCUAUUGAUUGAUGUCAGUCGACCGGCUUCCCCAUGAAGUUUGGGCAGACAUAUUCACCAAACACAUGCAUGACCGAGACGGACCGGGAGAACUCUACGACCCCAAACAUGCUCCAGUCCUAUUCACCCUCGUCUGUCGAAAAUGGCGUGACACAGCGUUAUCGACUGCAAAACUGUGGACGAACCUUUGGCUCCCACGACCUCCGAGAGAGCUUGGGGCCCUUCAAUUGUAUAUCAACGCGGUGAAGGAGGUCAUCUCGACGUCUUCCUCGCAGUCGUAUAGUUCCGCGCUCCUGGAGCACGCGUAUCGUUGGGAGAGCGUUUACAUAUAUUUUGGCGAUCAGGAUCCCAGCCUCAGCGUCUUUGAUGGCAUAGGCGAGACCUCCUUCCCAAUACUCAAGUCGUUCGAGAUACGUGACAGCUAUGGCCCAGUCUCCCAUAGCCUGACGCGGGCACUCAAGGCUGCCCCUAACCUUCAUACCGUCAGCAUCGGACAUGCAAUUCUAGACGAUUCAUGGACUCUUCCGUGGUCGAACUUGUCCUCCAUUGUGCUGUCGAUACAGGCUGGCUCGGAGCAGGUCGAGCAAAGGCUUGACAUGGAAUUUUUCGUUUUCGCCAUGUCCACCUGCACCCGCCUGCGCUCGUUGCGCCUCAGCUUCGGCUUCGGAUAUUGGGUCGUCGGCGAGCGGGACAUCAUACUCGCAUCCAAAUCGGCCACUGUACCUUCAUUGGAGAGCCUGGUCCUGGAGAUGGACCUCACCAGCAUCACUCCCCUAUUCGCGAAAGCUCUCAUCCUCCCGAACUUGAGGUUCCUCGCCUUUCACGUCGACGAUGACCUGUGGGGCUACGAUUGUUGGGAGAGGUUCGUUGAAUUCGUACAACACUUUUCCAGUACCCUUGAGGAUCUCAGCCUAUACAAAAUGCCGUUAGACGAGGAGCAACUCAUCGAGCUGCUCACUAAAUUCCCUCGCCUCGCCCGGCUCCGUCUCAGCGCUACGAAAUAUUUGACGUAUUGGGACAUGUUGUUCCGCUACCUUUGCUCUCAAACGUGUCCGAACAUUCUUCUCGAAGAAUUGAUCAUCGACCGUCCGUGGAGAUCAGAUACGUGCGAGUGGGGUUAUAAGGCAUUGGUAGAGAUGGUAAAAUCGAGGCGAACGGGGCAACUUGGUAGUGGGGCAUCGGAGUGUUCGCAGUUAUUGUCGUUACAUCUGCUUAGUGAGGACGCGACGAGGAUGGAACAGGGUAACCCGGAGGAAUAUGCGAAGCUCAUGCAAUUGAUUGAACAAGGGUUGAAGUUGACGACCAGUCCUGAGUCGUGACAAUGAGGUCAAUUAGCAUGACGAGGAUAUAGGAGGAUGAAAGUUACUGUAGUAGCUCUUUCUGUGUAGUGCCAUGUACCUCGCUCCUGUG